AUGUUUGCAGAUCCUCCAAGAUGAAGCCCCAUGUUCUGGUGCCGCUGGCAGCCCUGAUGUCCGUCUGUCUAGCAGGGGAGCAGAAAGUACAGAUAGGCAUCAAGAAACGAGCUGAGACCUGCCCCAUCAAGUCCAAGAAGGGGGAUACUCUACACAUGCACUACACGGAUGUGUGAAAAAGAGAAAAGGAAGCUUGUCAUUCCACCAGAACUUGGUUAUGGUGAACGAGGAGCUGGCAAUAAGAUUCCAGGUGGUGCCACUCUGAUCUUUGAGGUGGAACUGAUCAAGAUUGUCAGGAAGGAAGAACUGUAGUGCUCUCUAGCAAUAGGAGGCUGAAGUGCAGGCAGACUUUGUUUCAGAAAUGAAAAUUUCUGGAAAAAUUGCACCACUGUGAUGGUCUUACUACUCUGCCGUUCGAGCAAAAAUUGUACUUCUUUUCCUGGUAUGACAGAACAGCAUUGUGAUAAGACCAUUACAGUAUGCACUGAUGGUACUUCUUCUGCAUUGAAAAAUAAUUAUGUUGAGAGGAAUAGAGGGUAGACAACUGCCAUGGUGAAUUCUAUGUUUGUUUCAGUUUCCACUCAAUUCUGUUUGUAAGUUGAAGACUAUUAACAUCUUAUAUACGUAGUAAGCUACAUAUGUGAUUACCGGUAAGUGAAAAUUUGUCAAAAAGUCAAUGAGAGUAUCAUAUUGUAACAUAGCAUGUGUGGAAGAGUCUGCUACUGACAUGAUGUGCUAUGUUCUCCACUGUCUAGUUGGACAUUUACAUUUUUUUGUACAAUGUAAUUCUAGAUGUGACUCUCUACUGAACUGCUGUGAAGACAUCCUCUAAACUUUCAACCAGAGAAUGUAUCAUAUUUGCCAUUGUCUUUAUUGUACUGCACUGUACAUGUUAAUGCAAAUGAUUGCUUCAAAUGAUUUACCAUCAGUUCAGCUUGAGUGAAUAAAACAUCAACUCUCAAUUCCACUGGAUGCCACAAUACUGGUACAGGCACAUGAAAAAAAGGACAUGAAUUUAUAGUGAAUUUUUGUACCAACGCACCAUCUGUAAUCCUGGGGUAUAUAACUUCAGAGGUUCAAGGUGUUCAAGACAAUCUUGAGAAGGCCUCUGUGUAUGACAGUGUUUUUUAUGUGGCGUUAUUUGCCAAGUGGAAUGAUGAGAGUUGAUGUUACAUUGAAGGACAAGCAGCUUAGAAUGCCUAAACAAGAUAAUGUGCAGCUGUUUAUCCACUAUUCUUGUUUUUUUGCCUGUCAUGAAUAAACUAUGGAGGAU